UCGCCCGUACUCUGUACUUGACAAGAAUACUUUAGAUUAAAGCCGAUAACCCAAACUACAAAAGCAGAUACCCUAUCACAGCAUCUCAGUACAAACGUACAGCUAUGGGUCUUGUAUUAUUACUAGCCCUUUGCAUUAUAUCAACAAGCCAAGCAAGGGUUUUAUCAAAAGAAAAUGUUUGUCAAUCAUUGUUGGGUGAAGAAUUGAUAAAAGAAAUUGCUUCCUAUGAGGACGUUAGGGACCAGAUAUUGGAUUAUGUGAACAAUGGAGACUUUAAAGGGAAGACAUAUGACGAACUCGCAAAGUUCGUAGACACAUUUGGCGCUCGACCGUCGGGUUCAGAAGUUUUGGAGAAGUCCAUCGACUACAUGAUAGACUUGGCUAGAAAAGAAGACUUAAAUGACAUCACCACUGAAGAAGUAGAGGUACCACAUUGGGUUCGAGGAGAAGAAAACAUUACAAUGCUAGAACCACGAGUGAAAAACAUAGCUCUCCUAGGGUUGGGGCGAAGUGUGAGCACACCACCAGAAGGAAUCACAGCCGAGGUUAUCGUGUUCAAUGAUUUUGACGAGCUCGAGAAUGCAACAAAUGAUGAAGUCGCUGGUAAAAUAGUUCUAUUCGAUCCCGAGUUUACCACUUAUGGCGAGACUGUAGUAUACAGAAGUCAAAGUGCAACCAAAGCGGCUGCUAAAGGUGCUGUAGCGUCACUUAUUAGAUCGAUAACGCCGUUUUCCAUUAAUACUCCUCACACUGGAUCACAAGUCUAUGGUGAUGGUGUAAACAAAAUUCCAACGGCAGCUAUCACUCUUGAAGAUGCUGAUUUGAUAAGAAGAUUAGUCGAUCGUGAUGUUAAAGUCAAGUUGAAUAUCAAAAUGCAAUCCACAUUUGAUACUAAAACAUCAAGGAAUACAUUGAUAGAUGUUAAAGGCACUGUUCUUCCGGAUAAAUUAGUAAUUGUUUCUGGUCAUAUAGAUAGUUGGGAUGUUGGUCAGGGUGCUAUGGAUGAUGGAGGUGGCUUAUUCAUUAGUUGGGCGGCACCUGUAAUUCUAAAACGCUUAAACUUAAGACCUAAAAGAACGAUAAGAUCGAUAUUCUGGACUGCGGAAGAACUAGGUCUCGUCGGUGCUUACGCAUACGAAAAGAAACAUAGAAAUGAGAGUGAUAAUAUAAACUUUAUUAUGGAAUCAGAUGAGGGAACAUUUGCGCCACUUGGUUUGGCUGUAGCUGGUAGUCAGAAAGCUAGAUGCAUCAUAGGCGAAAUCUUGAAACUUUUCGAAUCUAUAGGAGCUUCAGAACUGGUUGAAGACGAUAGUCCUGGCUCAGAUAUAACGGUUAUAACCAAUACUGGCGUACCUGGAGCUGGUUUACACAACGCUAAUGAAAAGUACUUCUGGUUUCAUCAUACUGAAGGAGAUACGAUGAACGUAGAGGAUCCUGAUGAGUUAGAUCUGUGUGCUGCGUUCUGGACUGCAGUGGCUUAUAUUAUUGCUGAUAUAUCAGAUGAUAUUCCACGAGCUUAGAUACAGUUGAUAGUGAAAAUGUUGAUACUAAACACUUUUUAAAAUAAAUUGAUCCCAAUUCAUUUAAAUUAAUCUGCGUAAAUUAAUUUCCUUUAAAACAGUAGUUAAAUCAAAAUUAUAGAAAAGUAUUGUAGCCAUAAAUUAAAUAAAGUUGUUUAUCUUUUGAUGUCAAAUUUAUGGAAAUACACUAAAAAUGUGAUAUACCUAAC